AUGUUUAUAAGGCUGAUUAGCUUCUUGGUUCUUGUCGGUUUGUACGCCGGCUUUGGGACCAGUCAACCUCUUGCACCGGCUCUAAUCAUAAUGGGAGAUUCUGUCGUCGAUGCCGGUAACAACAAUCUUCGCCUUACCCUCGUCAAGGCCAAUUUUCCUCCCUACGGACGCGACUUCUCAGCCCACAAAGCCACAGGCCGUUUCUCUAAUGGAAAACUCGCCAUUGACUUUACAGCUGAGAAUCUAGGGUUCACUUCUUCCCCGGUAGCGUACCUUAGUCAAGAUGCAGAAAAUGUGACUAAUUUGUUAACCGGAGCCAAUUUCGCCUCUGGUGCUUCCGGUUAUCACGACGGAACUUCCUUAUUAUACAACGCAAUCAGCUUGACCCAACAAGUGGAAAACUACAAAGAGUACCAAAGCAAGGUGACGAGCAUGGUAGGGAGAGACAAAGCGAACGAGAUAUUCAAACGUGCCAUUCAUCUUCUUAGCACCGGAUCAAGCGAUUUUAUUCAAAGCUAUUACAUUAAUCCGAUCCUUAACACGAUAGUCACGCCUGAUCGAUACUCAGAUCGUCUCAUGAGAUUUUAUUCCACCUUUAUCCAAAAUAUGUAUGAUUUAGGUGCUAGUAGGAUUGGAGUAACGACGUUACCACCCUUGGGUUGUUUACCAGCAGCGAUAACGAUGUUUGGUGGUAUUGGGAGCAAUACGUGUGUCGAAAGACUAAACCGGGACGCGGUUUCCUUCAAUACCAAACUCAACAAUACGUCUGUGUACCUAGCCAACAAGCUUCCCGGUCUGAAAUUGGUCGUCCUUGACAUUUAUAAUCCUCUACUGAACAUGGUCAAGAACCCUGCCGAGAAUGGUAUAGUAUUUGGACAUUCCUUUAUGGCCUGUUGUGGAACCGGAACAGUGGAAACUUCGUUUCUGUGCAAUGCAUUAUCUGUGGGUACAUGUUCAAAUGCUACCAGUUACGUGUUUUGGGACGGUUUUCAUCCAUCAGAAGCAGCCAACCGUGUUCUCGCAGACAAUCUUCUAGGCCAAGGAUUCGCUCUCAUUUCCUAA